ACGGUAUGGUUUAACUAAAAUAAAUAAUCAUGGCCGAUGAAAGCUCCACUGUUUCGCGGGAGGAUCAAAUUGAGUACGAAAACUCGGAGCCGAAGGAGGAUGACAAAUCACAAGCAGUCGCAAGAAACAACAAAUUUCCAUUGACGAGGAUAAAGAACAUAAUGAAAACAGAUCCUGAUGUGACAUUAGCAAGUCAAGAGUCGGUGUUUUUAUUAGCAAAAGCUACAGAGUAUUUUCUUGAGAGUUUUACCAAGUCAGCGUACACUUUUACUGAAAGGGGAAAAAAGAAGACUAUAAGAAAACAAGACAUAGAUCUCUCCAUUGACACAAAUGAUGCAUAUGCAUUUCUAGAAGGGGCUCUUGAAUGGAACUAGGACAUCUGAUCACAGUACCCAGUAUGAUUCCUUGCACUAAAUGGACCCACCUGGAUGAUGGUCCAAGACCGGUUCUACAGAGCCUUCAAAGUCCGCAAGAUGCCAGACGGAAGACUUGAUGAGGUCCAGAUUGCAUCUUUGUGUGGGCAGUAUGACGAGAGCUCUUCAACAAGUUUUAGUUUCAAGAUUCAUGCAGGAAAUAUUCUGCUAAGGAUGUUGGAAGGACUACAAUGUCUAUUGAGAACUUUCUCCGCAAUGGCAUGACUUCAUAUAUAUGUAACUGUAUAGACAGAGAAGAUCUGUUUUUAAAAGGGGGCUCAUUCAUAUAGCUGAAUUUACAGGGGAUACACCCAUGUACUCUUGUAUUUUUUCUUCAACCUCAUUUGGGAAAAGAUUGAUAAAGAAUGUAGUUUCUAUUGAUAGGAUAUGUAGGUUUCCCAACUUACACCUUGUCGAUGCCACUCUCAAACUGUACCUUCUAGUCAGUACAAUCAGUACAAUACUGUAUUAACAGAUAUAGUUGUGACAUACGCAUAUAUACACAUAUGCAAAUGCAAUCAUAUGUUAUUGGAGCUCAAACAUAGAAUCUCUAUUGAAGGCCCGGGGAGGGUGCCAUUUGGAAUUCCAUGAAGUGACCACCAGUAACUAACUGAUCAUGAACAUCUUACAAUGUCUUGACUAUCUCUAAGUCAACUAGCUAUUUCACAGGAGUCCUCCUCCCCUUCUAAUGCGAUGCAACUGUAUAGAGAAUUUGCCCAAUGGUUUCCACCCUUAAACCCAUGGGUCUCUAUUGUAAUUCAGUUAAACCCAACAUUUACCAUUUACCUUUAACUAAAACUUAGUUUAACUAAAGGAAAACUAAUCUUUGUGAAACCUGAUUUAGAUCAAAAGCCUUCACCUCGAGUUGGGUUUAAAUUGUAUUAGAAUAAAGGGACCCGUUUCACAAAGCCUUCUCUCAAUGACAAAUGACAAAAAUCAGUGACAAAUCUGCUGAUAUCCAAUCAGAAGCAAGGAUUUCAGUAGCUUAUAACAAAAACUGUCAUUUGUCACUGAUGACAAGUUUUGUGAAACACCCCCCCCCCCCCAGGUCAUGGUGUAUUGAUGCUCAAGAUCAUCAAGUAGAAACCACUGAACGAGAGAAUGUUCUUUGUAUUAUUAAUUUCAUAUUUGACAUUUGUACAUACAUGUAAAAAUGAAUAAGGACAUUAAAUUCUUGUAAAUUGUAA